GCAGAAUGGCUGAAGCAUGCGCACACGCUCUUAAGGCGGAAGACCUGUCCCAUCGAGGUGCGCUAUACGCCUACAGCCUUGGGGCCAGCAGCAAUCAAGGUCACCCUCUACUCUCUGCGGGAUGUGCUGUGUGCAUUUCCCGUGGGGACGUUGGGCACCUGGGGCGGUGGAGGCACAGGUGGCGAAGCCACUGCCCAGCUGGGCCGCAACGAGAGUUGCAGGCUACGCCCUGCAACUGAGGAGGAUACUUUUCGCCUGCGAGUCUAUCGCCCUGCGCUUUUGCUAGAUGUCGUCCUCCAUGAUGGAGUCCAGUCCUUAUUCGAAAUCGAAGUCUUGCAGAGCAAAGAGAUGGCUAUCAAAGGGAUCUGGUGCUCGCUUUUGCUACAGACAGCUUCUGGCCUGGCAGGGUCUUGGAAGCAACUUCCCGCACCUGAAACAGUGUAUGCAUGGGUGGAGUUGGACUUUGAAUGGCCAAACCAAGAAGAGCACCAGGCUGCACUUGAGUCUGGGCGAUUUCGUCCAACUCACAAUGUUCUCGCAGGACUGAAGGUCUGUGAUCCGGAGGUAGCACCAAGAUGUACAGAGCAGAUGAUCUUCGUCACAGUCCCACGGUGGGCCACAGGGGUUCCAGCCACACUGAACCGGGUAGUUCCAGCUUCUGGCGGGCCGAAGUUGCAGCCAUGGCCAUCCACAGAGGCACAGGAUGUGAAGGACUGCAAGAAGAUCCAAUAUGUCCAGUCCAUGGAGAUCGAUCCCAGUGGAGUGAUGUGGGUGAUUGAUGUUGGCAGGAAGUACUUCACGGAGACAUCAGAUGACAGCUGCCCUCCCAAAAUCCUGCUGGUGGACGUACCAACAGGGGAAGUUCUGGACUCCUACGUGUUUCCGGAGGAUGUGGCACCUUACAACGGAUCUUUUUUGAAUGACAUUGUACUAGAUGUAAAGCAUCAGGUGGCUUACAUUUCCAGCACAGGCAACACACCGGCCGACAAGGGAGCAAUCGUUGUGUACGACAGGCUACACAAAAGGAGCCGACGCAUUGAGCACAGCUCCACCCAUGCGCAUCAUGCACAGCUUGUGAUCCAUGCAACUGACUACAGCGACUUGCUGCAAGGGUUGCCUGUGGAUGGUAUAGCACUGACACCAGAUGGCGAACAGAUCUUCUACAGUCCACUGGGCGGUACCGAGUUAUAUUCCAUCAGUGCUGCGCUGGCAAGGAACUUCUCUGUGAAUUUGAGUAGUGUCGUGGAGAGUGUGAAAGAGCAUGGCAAGAAACCAAGCAACUCGGAUGGAAUGACUUUUGGCUCGGACGGCUUUCUGUACUUCGGUGGGUUGACCCUCGACAGCCUGUUCAGAUGGAAGCCAGGCACAGCACUGGCAAAGUGUGAGCGUUUAGCUGUUGACCAUGAGAAGCUAUGGUGGAUCGACACCUUUGCUUGGGACAAUCGUGGAAACCUUUGGAUGACCAGCAAUCGCCUUAACAGUUGGUUUUUCCGAGAUGUUGUGCCUCCAGCCAUGGACUUCACAGGAAGCUCUGGAUCCAACUUCCGGAUUCUAAAGCUGGCAGUCGGUAGCAAUUCCUAUAUGUACAGCCAAGGUGUUUGA